AUGGUCGUUAUCACUCGGGAGACGGACAGACCGCACCCCGGCCCGGAUGUGGCACCUCCUGCUCGGGCAGAAUCGGCGGACGAGCUUGGCGAUGCCAGGGCUAUUAUAGACGAGACAACGGCUCUUCUUGGUCAAUCCAAAGUUACUUGUGGAAAUGAAUCCAUAUCGGAAACACAGAAUGGUGCAUCAGAAACCUAUGGCAACGAUGAUGAAAAGCCACUUCCCAAGACCCAGGUUCUGCUACUCUGCUAUGCUCGGAUGAUAGAGCCUCUGGCCUUCUUUUCAAUCUUCCCCUAUGUGAGCCAGAUGGUUCAAGAAAAUGGAGAUGUACUCGACACGGAUGUGGGCUUCUACAGCGGUCUGAUCGAAUCGUUGUUUUCUCUUACGCAGGCUAUCGUCAUGAUAUUCUGGGGCCGCGCAGCCGAUCGAUUUGGGCGCAAGCCAGUCUUGGUCUAUUCAUUAUUUGGCGUGACACUGGCUACGGGGCUUUUUGGAUUCGCAAAGACGAUACCCCAGAUGAUCCUGUUUAGAUGCCUUGCUGGCAUUUUCGCUGGAACUAUCGUCACCAUCCGUACCAUGGUGGCGGAACACAGCACGCCGAAGACUCAGGCGCGGGCAUUCAGUUGGUUCGCUUUCAGCGGAAAUUUGGGCAUUUUCCUUGGACCUUUGAUGGGAGGUGCCCUUGCCGACCCUGCAACCCAGUACCCGGGUCUCUUUGGCGGCGUGAGGUUCUUCGAGGACCACCCUUAUGCACUAUCAAGCCUAGUGGUGGCACUAGUAGGAGCCACGGCUGCUAUAACUAGCGCCUGUUUUAUUAAGGAGACAUUGAAGAAAGAGCCAGAUUCAGCCGAAUACGAUGGUGAAGAGGUGGCCUCUCACACGCCGGGUCGGCGCGACACCCUUUCGACAAGGCAGCUGUUGAAAGCGCCGGGAGUGGGUGUGGUUUUGUACGUAUACGGUCAUAUCAUGACACUCGCGUUUGCUUAUACAGCCAUCAUUCCCGUCUUCUGGUUUACCCCUGUACCCCUUGGUGGUUGGGGCUUCACACCCUUGCAAAUUUCGCUGAUGAUGGGAUUGAACGGCGCGGCCCAAGCUGCCUGGCUGCUCUUGGUCUUCCCUCCAUUGCAGCAUAGGAUUGGGACAAAAGGUGUGAUCCGAGUGUGCGCUCUUGCCUAUCCGUUCUUCUUCUUAGGCUGCCCUAUUGGCAAUGUGCUGCUCCGAUCGGGAACCGAAGCAUCUGUCAAUGCUUUCUGGGUCUUCGCUCCGAUCAUGCUAACCAUUGGUUGUGGGGUCAGCAUGUCUUUCACGGCGAUUCAGCUUUCCCUGAAUGAUAUCUCACCCUCACCGAGAGUCCUGGGAACUUUGAACGCGUUAGCAUUGACCAGUAUCAGUGCCCUGAGAGCUUUCUGCCCAGCCCUCUUCAACAGUCUCUUCGCGCUGGGAGCGAGAACACAGUUGGUGGGAGGAUAUGCUAUCUGGAUACUCCUAUUUGUACUUGCUUCUGGUCUAUCUGUUGCGGCGAGAUACCUACCGGAACCCCAGGAAAACCAGAAAUCCCGGAACGGGAAUGGGCAAGCGAGAUGA